UCCAAGCAAGUAACAUUACCUACAAAAAAUCUCUACCGAAUAGGCUUGUUUGGCACUAUCACAAAGUCAAUUAAAAUCAUAAUUUAUGCCUGGAAAGUUACCAACAGCACGGAGGUGAACAGGAAAUAACUCUGAUGGCACUAGCAUGUCAGAAAAACAGUUACUUGACACAGCUGUCAAGUAAAGUCGUAAGCUGUGAACCUAAACAGUGUCAGUUGGUCUUAAAUGGAAAGAAAAGUAAAAUUAAUGGUUUUGAAUUAAUCUUAGAAGAUACAGUUCUCUUUCCUGAAGGAGGUGGUCAACCAGAUGAUAGAGGAACUAUUGAAGAUAUCCCUGUGUUAAGAGUGACACGAAGGGGAGAUAAGGCUGUUCAUUUUGUUGAGAAACCAGUUGAUGCAGGAAAAGAGGUUUCCAUGACAGUUGAUUGGCAGAGAAGAUUCGAUCACAUGCAGCAACACACUGGUCAGCAUCUGAUCUCUGCUUUAGCUGAAUCUAGAUUUGGUUAUGCUACUACAUCAUGGAAUUUAGGCGAUGGUAAUAAAUCUUUUAUUGAACUAAACACACCAACCAUGACAGAUGAAGAAAUUACAGAAUUAGAGAAAGAAUGUAAUGAUAAAAUAAGAGAGGGUUUAACAGUUAAACCUAAACUGUUUUAUGAUAAAGAUGAUCCAGAAUGGAAAAAGGCGUCAUGUCGAGGUUUACCAGAUGAUCAUGUAGGACCUAUUCGUGUUUUAAAUAUUGAAGGCGUCGAUUCUAAUUUAUGUUGUGGAACCCAUGUUUCUUCGCUAGCACAUUUGCAGGCUAUAAAGUUAUUAGGUGUAGAUAAAGGUAAAAAGGGCAAGGUGAAUCUCCUGUUUGUGGUUGGUCAAAGAUUACUUGAUUAUUUUGGUAAAUGUUAUGCAGUGGAGAAAGGGUUAACAAAUGUUUUAAGUGGUCCAUUAGAAAAACAAGUAGAAUUAGCUGAUAAAGCUGUCAAAAAUCAGAAAGCCUCUCAGAAGUUGGCACUAACACUUCUAAGAGACAUGGCGGUUAUGGAGGCUAAAAUGUUUAAAUUAAAUCCAGAAAAACAGCCUUUGUUCAGUCAUCACAGAAAAGAAGGAGAUGGUGAAUAUAUGAAUAUCAUAGCCACUGAAAUAGGAGAUGUUGCUCCAUGUUUUUUGACAACUGGUGAUGAAAAAGGAUCAGGAAUGUUUUUAUUAUGUGGUUCACAAGAUUUACUGGAUAAAGCUGGAAAUCAAGUAAUGGAUAUAUUAGAAGCCAAGGGUGCAUGUAGUGGUGGAAGAUACAGAGGGAAGGCCAAUAAAUUAGCUAAUAAACCUAAAGCUGAACAACUUUUAUUAGAUUUAAUAGCAGAAUUGUGAUGUAAAUGUUUUAAUAUUAAAAUAGAUAUUUCUAGA